CAGAAGAAAAUGUUACAAGGAAAUCUUUCCAGAGUGACUGAGUUCAUGCUUGCUGGCUUAACAGACAAACCAGAGCUCCAGCUCCCUCUCUUCUUCUUUUUUCUAGGAAUCUAUGUGGUCACAGUGGUGGGCAAUAUGGGCAUGAUCACCCUGAUACAAUUCAGUUCUCACCUGCACACCCCCAUGUACUUCUUCCUCAGCAGUCUCUCCUUCAUUGACCUCUGCCAUUCCACUGUCAUUACCCCCAAAAUGCUGGUGAACUUUGUGACAGUGAAGAACAUCAUCUCCUACCCUGAAUGCAUGACUCAGCUCUAUUUCUUCCUGGUUUUUGGAAUUGCAGAGUGUCACAUGUUGGCUGCAAUGGCAUAUGACCGCUAUGUUGCCAUCUGUAACCCCUUGCUUUAUAAUGUUAUGAUGUCCUAUCAAGUCUGUUCCUGGAUGAUAUUUGGGGUGUAUACCAUGGCUUUGAUUGGGGCCACAACUCACACAGUCUGCAUGUUAAGAGUGCAUUUCUGUAAGGAUGAUGUAAUAAACCAUUACUUCUGUGAUCUUUUUCCACUUCUGGAGCUCUCUUGUUCUGACACAUUUAUUAAUGAAGUAGUAGUUCUGUGUUUCAGUGCUUUUAACAUCUUUAUUCCAACUCUGACUAUACUGAGUUCUUACGUCUUCAUCAUUGCCAGCAUCCUCCGAAUUAAAUCCACUGAGGGCAGAUCCAAAGCCUUCAGCACCUGUAGCUCACACAUAUCAGCUGUUGCUGUCUUCUUUGGUUCCCUUGCAUUCAUGUACCUGCAGCCAUCAUCAGUCAGCUCCAUGGACCAAGGGAAAGUGUCUUCUGUGUUUUAUACGAUUGUUGUGCCCAUGAUGAACCCAUUGAUCUAUAGCCUGAGGAAUAAGGAUGUCAAAGUUGCUCUAAAUAAGUUCCUUGAACAAAAAUUUUUCUUAUGAAAAGACUAAUUUUUCUUUACUAAAAUUUAUGUUUGUAGGAUUGGCAAACAGUUCAAAGGCUUCUUUAUGGCCACAGGUUGUGAGAUUAUUCCAGCACUGUUUAUUUUUAAGUUGUCAGGGGAAAAACCAGUUUUAGCCAAUAGGACAUAUGAAGGACAACAUCUCACUAGGAAUGCAGAAAAUCCAUCUGCUCAU